GCAAGAUUGAACAUAUAUCUUCAAGGAGAGAGACAGACAGGCAGACCGAAAAGGAAGUGGGAUAUAUCCGUCCUACAGAUCUUUUGGCACCUAGAGGACUUCACCCGUUUCUUUAAAGAAAGCGUGCCAGUUGGAGGGUUGCCAUGGAAACCAGGACGGUGAGGCAGCGAGAGCGGGAGGAGCAGUCGUCCCAGAUGUCUCACAGCAUGAAACUGUCCUCUCAGAUCAAGAAGAAGACCUUCACCUCCAGUGACGAGGAAGCGUCCUACUCUGAUUACUAUCCCAUCGUCCCCGCUGACCUGAUGACCGUCAAGGAAAUCCUGAAUAUGGACAGCUUCCCCCGCCACAGGACUUGGAAGGAAACUCUGGCUGCUGAUCAAGAGUAUCGCAGAGACACGUGGACAAUGUUCGGGAACGAGGCUGAGAAGGUGGAGCUAGACGUGAUCAGGAACCAGCACGUGUUACGCACACGCGUCGACACAAUGGCCAUUCGCAAGGAGGCACAAGAGAAGGCUUCUGCCCACAUGAAGUACCUGGAGCUUCUGAGUCAGAAGGCCCCAGACUUUGCAAUCCCCCUGAGGGCUCACACUGUCUGGGAGGGUAUGACCGUCACACUGUCCUGUCUCGUCCAGGGCUGUCCACCCCCAAAGGUCACAUGGUAUAAGGAUGGUGAGCUACUGAGAAUGUCUGACCAACCAUGGAAUUACGGUCUUCAGCAAAACUUUGGUCUUAACUCACUGGAGAUCAGAAGGUGCUCUCCUGAUGAUGCUGGCGAGUAUAAAGUGGUAGCCAAGAGUGCCCUUGGGAAAGCUGUUACAUUUGGAACACUUGUGGUGAACUCAUAUCAAGGAGCCGUGGCUGGUUCAGAGAGCUCGAAGACCUCCGCUGUGAAGCAUGAGCAAGCAGUCCAGUUUUGCAACACCUUCCCCCCAACAUGGGUGAAGGAGGGCGACAGCCUCACCCUGCAGUGCACCUUCACCUCAGCUCUGCUGCCCUUCCAGCAGGAUGUCAGCUGGUUCAGAGACGGCAUCCAGCUGCAUCCGUCAAGCACUGUGGACAUUAAGACGGUCGACAAAAAGGCCUCCAUCACAAUUAAGGCCGCGUACAAGGAACUUGAAGGUGUUUACACGGCCCGACUGAGGUCAUGGGAUGAAAUCCAGGAACACAGUGCUUUUGUCUAUGUCGAAGAUGCAUCAGCCGCGGUGCUGGGAGGCCCCGCCUCUCCUCUGGCCGUCCAGGUAUCUGACGUCAACAAGGACUAUGUCUUCCUCACCUGGCAGCCGCCCAGCGCUGAUGGAGCCUCACCUGUGGAGGGUUAUUAUGUGGAAAGAUGUGACCUCGGUCAGGGUGAGUGGGUGCGCUGCAAUGCGCAUAUUCGGAAAAUGUGCUACUACCCGGUGUCUGGGCUAAAGGAAGGAACUCUGUACCAGUUCAGAGUUCGUGCCGUUAACCAGGCUGGAGCAGGGCGCCCCUCCAAGGCUACCGAGCCCGUCCUCACUGCAGACCCCCUGCAACACACCAGGACCAUGGGGGUCAAAGUAGACAGAGGGAGGACGAUCACCAUUACAAAAGACGAACUUGAAGGUCAGGUCAAAGCUCCUUUCCCUCCCACAAAUGUCCACGCCUGCGAGGUGAGCGACAGCUACGUGGUGCUGAGCUGGACCGAGCCUGAGCCCAGAGGCAAAGAGCCGCUCACCUUCUACGUGGAGCGCUCGCUGGCAGAGCAGAGCGGCUGGGAGAUGGCCAGUCUGGAGACGGAGGUAAACUCUCCCAGGUUUCCAGUGUUUGACCUGGUCAAGGGUAAGAAGUACCGCUUCAGAGUGCGCUCCAUCAACAAGUACGGUGUCAGCGACCCCUCUGAGCCGAGUGCACCCAUCUCCUUGGGAAAGCAACAAGCGGUGCCAGCUCUGCCUCACUCUGUCAUGGCCAUCAGAGACACGGACACCUCUGUGCUGCUCCGCUGGCAGGAGCCCGAAGAAAAAGACGACAUCCUGGGUUACUACCUGUACUGCAGUGAGAGCGGCAAACAAGACUGGAAGACUGUCAACAACAAGCCUGUAACCAAAACCAGAUUUACAGUCCAUGGCCUGAAGAACCGAGGGGAAUACGUGUUCAGGGUGAAGUCUGUGAGCCGAGCAGGAAACAGCAGCUAUUCAGAUGAGUCUCAGCCCAUCGUCGUUAAAGCGGCCAUUUCUGUUCCCUCAGCUCCUUCUGCCAUCGCCCUGCUGCUGUGCACCGGAACAGAGAUGGUGUUGGGCUGGAGGGCCCCUGCCUGUAAUGGGGGAGACCCUGUACGUGGAUACUACCUGGACCAGAGGGAAGAGGACACGAAAACGUGGAGAGAGGUCAACGUCAAGCCUGCCAAAGAGAGGCAGUUUAAGGUUUGCAACUUGACUUCUGGAAACUUCUACCAGUUCUGUGUGUUUGCUGCCAACAUGGCCGGCGUAGGGAAGCCCUCUGAGGCCAGUGACGCCUUCCUGUGUGACAAGUGGACGAUGCCAGAGCCAGGUUGCCCCUACGACGCGGAGGUCAGGGACGUAAGAGACAGCUCCCUGGUGCUGCUGUGGGCGGCUCCGUUGUACGAAGGUCGGAGCCCUGUCACUGGCUAUUUGCUGGAAAUCAGCCAUGGUGACCAAUCGGACAACUGGAUUACUUUGAAUGAAACCCCGAUCUCUGACACACAUUACAAGGUGUCAGGUCUUCAGGAGGGUCAGACCUACCGUCUCCGUGUGUCGGCUGUCAAUGAGGCUGGAGUGGGCUGUGCCUCCCUGCCCACUGAGCCCGUCACAGCUCAGACCAGACCCGGUGCUAAAAACAUUGAGAUUGGAGUGGACGACGACGGUUUCAUAUUUCUGGGCUACGAGGCUGAUGAGACGGACGACGAGAGCAAGUUUCUGUGGAGCAAAGACUACGCAGAGCCCAUUGAGGCCGAGAGAGCUCAGGCAGAAACCACGAAGACCGGGUCGGUCCUCACCUUCACAGACCCCUCUGACGAGGAUCUGGGCCUCUACGCGGUGGAGAUGGCCGACAACCCAGACCUGUCGUCCAGCUACGACUUCACCGCUGAAGACCUUGAAAGACUCAAAGAACUCAGCUGGCAAGUCAGAAAUCCACUGAUUGCUCUGAAGUCGGACUGGCAGGUGGACGUUUCUGAGAAAGGUGAAGUACGUCUUUGGCUUCAGAGUGAGAGUCUGAGCGACGACGCUGAGCUCCGUCUCGUCUUCAAUGACAAAGAGAUCACCAGCUCUCCGCACCGUAAGAUCAACUUCGACAAGGCCAAAGGUCUGGUGGAGAUACUGUUCGUCCAGCUCUCCCGGGAGGACGAGGGCUCGUACACGGCGCAGCUGAAGGACGGCCGCGCGAAGAACCAGUCUACUUUGGUGUUUGUGGAUCAAAGUAAGUCUCAGACGCUGGCCCUGGCUGAUAAGAACCGACGUGACCAUCAGAGAAAGUCUGGACCGUAUUUCCAGGACUACUUGUCGUGGAGUGUAAAUGAGGAUUGUGAACUGAUUAUAAAGUGCAAGGUGACAAACACGAACAAGGACACGUCACUCAAGUGGUUUAAAGAAGGCGUGGCGGUGACUAAAGUCGUGUACGAGCAGUCAUCAGGGCUCAGCACACUCACCAUCCCACAGGUUACACAAAAGGAGGCAGGCACAUACAGAGCUGUGGUGUCAGAUGGGAGAGGGGAGGAUGUCAGCACCUUGGAGUUACUGGACGACGAGUAUGACAAGCUUCUCCAGCAGCUGAGUAAACAGUGUGCAUUGUCUGCCAGCCCCCUGAAGAUCCAAAGCACAGCUGAAGGUUUCAAGCUGUACUGCUCUCUCAAAUACUAUAUAAGCUACAUGAAGACAAGCUGGCACUUUAAGGACAAGAGGAUUGGCCAGGACGCCAGGACAAAGCCGGGCAGCAAUAUGCAGAAAGUCUGGAUUGACAUCCGUGACCCAACAGAGAAUGAUAAAGGCAAAUACACCUUGGAGAUGUUCGACGGCAAAGAGACACACAAACGAUUUCUUGACUUGUCUGGACAAGCUUUUGCGGAUGCGUUGCUGGAACACCAGAGGUUGAAGAAAGCGGCCAUUGCUGAGAAAAAUCGAGCUAAAGUGACAAAGGGUCUUCCCGAUGUGGUGGCCAUCAUGGAGGGCAAGACUUUGUGUCUGACGUGCUUCAUCGACGGUGAACCAGCCCCAGAGAUCAUGUGGCUUCGGAACGACAAGGAGAUUGUUAACCAGACCCAGUUUACCAUCACUAAGGAGCCCAAGUGCAGCACCAUCACCAUCAACGACGUGAACUUGGGAAUUUCUGGAAAAUACAGCAUCUUUGUGCGCAACAAUUAUGGCUCUGAAACGGUUGAUGUGACCGUGGGCGUUUACAAGCAUGGGGAGAAGCCUCCAGCACAUGCUGUGAAGAUGGGUUAGGACUGCAAAGAAAGUGUCAGAAAUUAGAGAUUUUAUGCUUCAGAUUGAGAUUUUUCUGCAUGGAGAGAAAGAAGAACGUGAAAGUAGAUGGAUAGAUGAUUAGAUGGAAUGAUGCUGGGUUGUUUAUGUAUUCAGAAAGUUUAUUGAGCAUUGAAGGAACUUUAUUAAGUCUUUGCAAAAUGUCCACUGAGGUUUAAUUUUAAUCUUAAAUAUAUAAUCCCUUGGUGCUAUGUUCCCCGGGCUCAAUAUCCUAUGUGAUAGGCCUAAAAGGAUGCCUUUUAAAUGGUUUUAUGUUUUGCAGCAAUGUUCUUUCCUUGUGUUGAAAUCACCCACCUGCAGCUUUUAGUCUACUGAUAUUAUACUCGUUAAAACCUACAAAACAGAAUUCGUGCGCAAGACAGUUUUCUUGAUUUAAGACAUUGAUACCUCUACAGCGGCUCAACAGAUUUUGACUAUUCAAACUGCAUUUGAAACGUCCAUCCCCCUUCGUUCUUUUGCAAUUCAAACUACAAAGACAGCCUUUACCAAUCUCCUACAAUAUUAGUUUAUAUCAAGAACAUAGGAACAUGGAAAGACUAGGGUCGACCCUGUCUACAUAAUUUAACCCUUGUAUUAUGUUAUGGGUCAAUUUGACCCAUUUCAGUUUUUCAGGCCCUCCAAGAUGUGCUGCCACAGGAGUUGAUGAUAUUCAAUCAGCAUUUCAGCUCUUUAUAUCCCCACCAAUAGAAAGGCUCGUACUGGACAUGACCAAUUUGGAGGGGAGGCGUGUAUGUCAAGAGACAUGGAAGCCACUGGAUCAGAUUGCAUGCAUACAUUGUAAUCCUGGUAUUAACCGGAGUGUGCAAGUCAAGAGGAGAAGCAGCUGCCAGUCUGUGGGAUGAAGAGAAGGGAAGGCCAAUCUUUUGAGCAACAAUGUCUCUGGAGUCAUUUCACCUGAUGUCUCGGGUGAUUCGAUUUGACAACCGUGACACCAGAGCUGGUCGACGUGAAAGAGACAAACUAGCUGCGAUCAGAGACGUUUGGGAUAAAUGGGUCGAAGUUCUUCCUUUGUUGUACAAUCCUGGUCCCAGUGUUACUGUAGACGAGCACCUUGUUCCAUUCAGUAAAACAAGAACCUCUUGUGUGAAAUGCAAGAAUUACCUCUGCAGAAAGCACACAGUCACAUUCUGCCCAUCACGUGGAGAGCAUUCACAAUGUGAGGAGAAUAUUUUGAGAAAAAGUUCAAUUAAUUUUAAAAGAAAGUGUCAUGAGGGAAAAAUGUUAUGUAAAGAAUUGUUGAAUAUAGUGUUGGGUUUUUGGAUGUUGAAUAAAAAAUGUAUUGUAUAUCCAUCCA